UCAUGUAUGCUCUGAAAUUCAUAAUACUGUGAAAUAUAAUACUCAUACCCUUUGUUUUUCUAAGAUUAAACAGCAGACAUGUCUAAAUAUGGAAGAUUUAACGUCAGUCUGCCGACACUUAUAGGGUUUCUGGAUACUUUCAAGAUCGCAUCACUGACGCGGUAAGGUGGAACAGUUGUUCUCAUGACACUGACGACUAAGGUUCUAGUGACAGCGUAAAAUGGACAUUGUGGAUCUGAACUUUUCACAUCUCAACGUACUUUUUCACAUCACCUAUGUGAUUUAUGCUCGCUAUAGUUGUGCUUUCUGCGGAUCACAGGAAUAACAUUGUGAUUUCAUAUAUGUGUUUCUUCCUCAGAUUCCACCUUAAAAUAAUACCCUGACAAGGGAGAGCAGCAUGCUGGGCGCGAGCCAACUGCUGCGCAUGAAUAACUCGAGCAAAAGGACACUUGCAUGAGAGACAGCCAGAAAUAGAGCAAAAGGAGGCGAGAGUUCGGAAAUGGAAGGAAGCACCUCAAGCCUCCUUCGUAGUGCUGCAGGAGCAGACGAAUAUAUCUGAUAAACAGGAACGCGGGGCGUCUAGGGCCUAAGGUUUGGACGCAUAAUCAAGGUUGUGACUGAAAGUUUAUAAUAGUGUUUGAGUUGUCAGAGGGAGAAGGGAGAGUCUACGUUCUAAUACAGUUUAGGAGGGAAUAAACCAAGUCAUUCAACAGACUCCCACGUGUAUCAGCAUUGAAGAUGGCACAUGUACUGUUGCCAUGCGACAUGCCUAGUUGGACAGACACCCAACGUCAGCUAAGCCAAAUAAAAAUGUUACAAACUUCAGACCACUUGGUAAUCGGACUGCAAAAGCUGUACGAUGGUUGUAGUAUCAGCCUAGACCCCGAUGAUAACCCACCUAAAGGAGACAUUCUCAGAUUUGAAGGGCUUAGGAAAUUUAUAGAUGAAACAAUGACAGCGGAAGAAAAGUCACGAUUUUUCAAAAAAACGUUGCCUACUUUGAUAAAUAGUGCCCUAAAGCUACGACUUCUGAAACCAACGGCAGGAUUUCAUUUUUUGUUACAGCAGGAAGAACAGUACCAAAGCCUUGACCGCAGAUUACUCGUUUCGCUAGUGUCUAAUGCCUUUUGUUCUCUUCUGCCAAAAAGAACUGUUAAAACCCAUCCAACGUUACAAGACUUCAACUUCGGUGAGUUCUUUCGUCAAAUGAAAAGUUCAAAACAACAAAAGAAUCUAAGAAAUAUUUUCCGAUACUUCGACUUUGUGGGCACCCAAGAAAUGAAAGGAAAAGUUCGGUUCUAUAGACAGGUUCUACCCUUCAAAUCAAUGCCUUCCCUUCCUGAGUGGUUAUGCAGUGAUCAACCGUUAUGCCCUCUUGUGGUGCGUACCCAAGGAACUCCAAACGACGCAGAACUUCAUAUGUACAGAGUAUGUGACUGUAGUGCAAGAAUUGGAGGUGACGUCUUAAAGGGCGCAAUAACAGAAGAAGCUUCUUUACUCUGUCUUACACCCGAACUACUUGUUGCCCUUUGUUUUGUGGAAUCUCUAGCAGAUAAUGAAGCCCUUGUUGUUGAAGGAGCGCUCUCUGUAGACGAAUCAACGGGAUCGUCUCUGCGGGAAGCCGAUUUCUGUCUAAUGGAUGCAUACGAUUUUACUAACCAACCUUUCUGCCAAUAUGAAGAUAGGUUUCUAUUACGUGAAUUAAACAAGGCCUUAGUGUCCUUGAAGCAGCCACAAAGUCAACGUCGACUCUCUCCUGUUGGUCAAAGUUCAAGUUCGAGUACUUGUCCAGAAUUUGGCAGUCUGAUUAUAGAAUCUGACAUAGAUGUGCCACUUUCAUCUAGUCGACGAUCUUCUGGUCAAAGUAGUGGACUGACAGACUCCUCACAUGGUUCUUCACGUCAUCAGGUGUUUAGUCUGAGGAAAAAAUCGGAUCCCAUUAGUUCCGAAAUGGGAUUUCAACGGUCUCCCUCAAGAGGAAAACUUCCGAAGAUCGAUGCCAAACAAUGUACUCCACCUUAUUCUGGACUGAAACCUAUUGGGACACUAGAAUAUUCUUAUCCUGAAAAAUAUCGAAUGACUAAGGACUCAAAAGCUUCUGUCACAAAAUGUGAUCAGCCUGAAAAUAAUAACAUAGAAUUUAAACCAAAUACAGUUUUGGAGAAUUUAAAAGCUCGUAAUAAAAAUUAUCCUAAUGAAAUUCAAAUCACACGAGAAAAACAACAUCAAGAUGUCCCAGUUAGUAUUCUACCUGAACGUAGAAGUUGUGGAAAUAUUGGAUCAUUGGCUAUGAGUCUUGUCAAACAGAAAGAACAAAGAAAAACUUCAAACUUGGAACCAAUAAUCAAAAGUGACGAGAAUACCACUAUUAGUCUUACAAAAAAGAACAAUGCUCAAUGUACCUUAACAAGUAGCGAUCUUAAGAAGAAAGAAACAGAAGUAUUUAAACAAGACAAUGUAUCUCGGAGAAUCAGAAGCACAGCGGCCCAGGAAAUGCAACUAGUCCAAAGACAUAGUGGGCCUGUGUAUAGUUAUUGUUCUCUGCCAUCAGAGGAAAUUACUGAAGAAAAAAAUCUUCCAGAGAAAUCAGAUUUACAAGUAUCAAAAACAAAUAGAAGUACAGUAAAAGUAACUAGUCAGCCAAUACCUGUUGAAAAAAGAGACAAUUUUCCUUGCAUGAUGUUUGUAGGUUCCCCUGAAUCAACUAAAGUUAAGGAUGUUUCUAUUUCUGAUAACCGUGGACUGCUUCUUCAAGAGAAUAAGCAGAGUACGUCAUCCGGAGGAAUGACUCAGAAGGAUAUUAGUGGUCUUGUAAAUGUUCUUAGGAGCAAAAAACCUUCUGCUGUAGCAUCUACACCAAAAAUUUACAGCGUAUCUAGUGAAAUAGACCAAGCAGUAACCGUAAAACUUCCAAAGGCUACAGAAGUCACAUCAACGUUUCCUGUAAUCAGUGACAUCUCGGAUCACGAAAAAGUAAGAUAUUCAGCUGAAUCAGGAAGUCAUUGGCGAAUAACUGAUCAACCGUUACCAUAUUGUAAACAAAAAAAACGAUCCGAAAAAAAAUCUGCUAAAAGUCCCAAGAGUAAAGUAAACACUCAGCAAUCGAAUAUUACUCUUUCUCUCCCGGUUUCACGAGAAACAAAUCAAAACCUUUCUGCUGGUGAUCGUCAAUAUGAUAUGCAAGAUAUGAUCCAAUCUUCCUUUCAAAGACCACUUAAUUUUUCAGAUCCAGAGGAAAUACUUUCUAAAGCAGCUCAUGCAGCCUUGACAAAACGCCAAUGCUCUCACAGAAGGAGUGGAAAGACCAGUAUGGCAAAUCCACGAGGAUAUCGGACUCAGGUUUCUGCAGACGAAGAGUACUUUACUGCAGAAGAAAGCUUUGAUGAAGAUUCUAGCUGUUUUUCUUACGCUCGACCGCAGCAUCAGGAGAGUAACACGAAACCACUCCUGUCAUAUUGGUCUUCCAAAGAUGGGGACGUUCGAUUUUCCAGAGACGACUCUACUGGUUUUGUUUUAGAUGGUAGUGAAGAAGAUUUACUUCAAAACCUUAGUCAACACGAACGCUACGAGGACUUCCGAAAAAGAAUACGUCGACGCCACCGAGGGUUGUCUCGCCGUAGUACACGCAGUUCUAGGUUAAGUUCAAGCGGAAGUAGCGAUAUGGAAGACAUAUUGGAAGAUCCCAAUUUAGGCUUCUUUGCAUUUUCUGCGUUACCAAUUCGACCUUCUAGCUCAGAGCCAUCUCUCUUAAAAUUUGCUCUUACAGAAUCAUCGGUGUUAUUUCCCAAACUACAGAUCCCACCAGAUUCACUUAAAUCAUCCUCGAGGGGACGAAACUUAAUGAUGACCACAGGAGACGGUAACUUAAAGGCUUAUUCUUAUGAUGGUGUGAAUCCUUGUCUUCCAGUGCCCUUCAAGGCUCGAUUUAGACUCCGGAGGGGUUCCAACGAAGAAUUGAGUAGGAAGGAGCGUUUUUACUCAUCUGAUAAAGAUUACCUUUGGCGGUGGGCAACAGCAGAUAGUGGAAGUGGAGAAUCGUCUUUGCGGAGUUCUGAAGAAGAUCUAGCCAGUGGUGAAGAUGAAUCAGCCGAUUCGAGGUCUUCUAGUGUCUGUUCUUCCAUUGAAAGUACUUCUUUUGAAGAGCAAUAUCUCGAAGACAAAGAAGCCCCUUUAUCAAGGUUCCUAAUGCCAACAGCAGAAGGAGUUCGCCCAGCAGCAACUGGACUGUGGGGGAUAGGAGAAAAGGGAGGAGAUCCUCAGUUGAAAAUUAUGAUCCUUUGGCUGGCAGCAAGUAGAGGAGGACUACCCUCUUUGAUUGCAUAUACAGAUGGAGAACCACGGCUGGCCCAGAUUGCACAAGUGUAUAGAUUAGCUCAGCAGCGACGAUGGAGUGUCGGAGACGUUGCUUGUGAACUCUUAAGGUAUUGCCGAAAUCGUUUAUCUGCUUUUUAUAAGGCACAAAGUCCAGAGAGAACAACCAAGGAACCAGAAUCUUCAUUAUUUCAACAACUUUUAGGGGGAGACGCUUUUAGAAGUCAAGACUCAUUGGAUUAACAAGAGAAUAUAAAAUGUUAUACAUAGCCAUGUAUCUUAUUUCACGGAUAGCAUUUUUUAAGAAAGGAAAGGCCUCGUAAAUUCAUUUGUAUGAAAUAGUUAAAAUUAACUACAUAUAGUACGAGUUUUCUUAAUUAUAUACUAAGCAAUAAUAAAAAAGAGAGAGAGGGAGAACCACAAAUAGAAUAGAAGGAUAUUGUUUUAUGUUUUUCGGACAUCUUUAGUUAAGUUGAAAGCCAUAAAAACUGUUGUUAUUUCACAGCAUUCAAAACAAGGACAGUUACUAUUUAUUGUUUUAGUUAAUGUAUCUCAGACGCUUUAUUGCAGGGUAUAGUUUUGUGCCAUUCAGAUCUGGUAGAAAGUGGUAUUAACAGAAUAUUACACUAUAUGAAAAAUCUAUUACAACAUUUAGGGCUUUUACAGGAUAUUUACUUGCAGUGUAAUGGGGGAUAAACAUGGUGCUGCUCUUUCGUGAAAAUUGUGGCAAUUUUUAUAGAAAUGAUUUUUUAUCAAAAUUUAUAACGUUUAAAAUUCAUUUUAGUAUCAUGUUGGCCUCUAGUAAUAAGAAAUGUAAAUAUAGUUCUAAGACUAAAACAUAUCAAUCAUGAAGUGGAAUUAUAUUUUAUGUGAAAAGUAUGUUUAUACGUGAUUCUUCGCGUAUUCUUUAUUACAUAUCGAACAAGUUAAACUUUACCCAAACGAAAUUUUAAACGAAAAACACAAAUAAAUAAUACUCAUUAAUAUACAUGAUUUUUUAUUAAUAGGAAUAAAAUAUGUCAUUUUAAAUUGGGUUAGGAAUAAAUUUUGUGCCUUACUUUUUCUGAUGAUGUCGUGUUUUUAACUUUCUGAAAUCUGCUGUGCUUCAGUAUUUUAAAGAGUGAAUCAGACCAGGACUUAGAGAUUUAUUAGUCGCGACUGAACAGCUCAUAGAACGGCUCUGAGUUUGUUUGUUUUUCAAGUACAGUCUUUUAGCUCAUAGCUCCGUCAUCUCUUGACCGAUUUGAGUUUUGGACUCAGGAAGUCAAACCCUUUCGAUUGAUAUAUUUGACUACGCCCAAGGUCUCAUAAAUUAAUUUCCUCUAAUCCUGCCAAAAGAAUCUCAAUUUGAGAGUGGGCUGGUAGAGAUCCUGAGGAGUAAUAAAAUCGAAUCGGGUAUAUACACGCCCCACGCUUGGUAUUGCUGGUGCACUAAAAUAUAGCUAAUA